GGACUGUGCUAGUCCCCACCCUCUUCUUUUCUUGAUGAAUUUCCUCUCUUUCGAUAUCUUGGGUAUUAUGGAGUGUUCCUGUUCUGCCUACUGCCUUGACUGCAGCUCACCUCUCCUAUGGCUCCUGAUGACCACAAACAAGUACAGCCAAAAAGCACAUCUCAGGACGAGAAGCUCAGUCAAGGCAGAUCCCACACCGUCUACAGCCUCCAAACGAAAAAGACAUACCCCACACAGCACAUAAUGCCGUUCUUCCAGACUUCUCAUGAAAGCAAAAGGAUCUCUCGACCGCUCGAUACGAUGGAAGAGAUAGAUUUUGAGUUGUGCCUAAAUGUCGAACAGCAUGCAGCAGUCGCUCGUCGGGAGAAGAGGAGAAUAUCUGCAAGAAAUAACAACACCAGCAAAACGAAUAGAGAGAAUUCAACAACUGCUGAAACGGACCGGAUCAGAAAUCCUAACCGCCCAGAAAGCAACGAUGGUGAUAAAAAAAGCGAAGGCAGCGAAAAGACAGAGCCCUGGUCCCUUCGACCAAGAAAGAGAACAAAAGUAUCAGCAUCUGGAAGCUGGAGAGAACCACAUUCGACCAACAGCCAUGAAAACGCAUCCGAAGAUCAAAAUGAGGAUAUGGCAAUCGAAGCAGCAACCUCUGAUGAAUCCCACCCGCAAACCUUUCCAGAUACAAGCAGUAUGAUAUCUGAAUCCUCUGCCACAAACCUGAACCUCCUCCACCUAGACAUGAGCGCAGUCAACAUCGACGAAAGCGAAAAUGAUGACCAUCGUUUCCCUCUUGACUCUCUCGUUUGCGGCGAGAUGAGUGGUUUCAGCUCUCUCGGAUCUAACAAGUUGAGCCAUUUUGAAAUCUACGAGGACCCUGAUAGUAUGGAUAUUGACGAUUCCCAUCUCAAGGCUAGCUGGCGCUCGUCCUCUCCCGAUGAAGACAAGGAGAACGCAGAUGACGAAUACGAGCAGCUCAGCAAUGCAGAUAUUACAAUAAUGAAUCAAGAAACCAACAUUCGCCAUCGUAUUUAGCUCUACGGCCAGAUGGGAGAACACUACAAUCAGGUACCGCGAUGAUGUGCCUGGGGACUUUACGUGGUUAACGAUUACCGAUUCAUUUUACUGUACAGAGAUAUCGAACUGGAUAUUUGAAU